CAAAACAUUAUGACGUAUCAAAAAUCAUUAUCCAAAGGCCGUCUGUGACUUGAAGUCAUCAUUUAAGUAACGGUGGCGUUUCUGUGCGGUUCUGUGUGUGUAUGUACAUAUAAAUCGGGGAAGCAUUUAAAAAUGGCGCCAUCUAUCGGCGUAGCUGAGUUUUACAAGCACAAAACAAUAUUUCUGACGGGGGGUACAGGGUUUAUGGGUAAAGUGUUGGUGGAGAAAUUGUUACGGUGCUGUCCCGAUUUAAACAAAAUUUAUUUAUUAAUGCGACCAAAGAAAGGGCAGAGUACGAAAGAAAGGCUCGACGAUUACUUCAAUUGUAGGGUUUUCGACAAUCUCCAAGAGAGAUCACCUAAGUGCUUCGACAAGCUAGCAGUCAUACCAGGAGAUAUUCUACAAGAAGAUCUAGGCAUCUCCAUAGAAGACUGGGAUAAAUUACAGAGAGAAACUGAGAUUGUGUUCCAUUGUGCUGCUUGUGUUAGAUUUGAUAUGCCUAUCCGUGACGCUGUUAAUAUGAAUACCUUGGGCACGAACAAGGUUCUCAAACUAGCUGACGGGAUGGUCAAUCUUGAGGUUUUUGUGCACGUAUCUACGUCAUAUUGUCGCUGCGAAGUCCACACUUUAGAAGAACGUCUGUAUCCGGCUAAGCAUAGACCACAAGACGUGAUGGAGUGCGUCAAGUGGAUGGAUGACGAGCUCCUGACAUACCUGCAGACCAAGUUAAUCGAGCCGCAACCAAACACGUACGCUUACACCAAAUCAUUAACUGAGGAUCUCGUUUCUCAAAAAGCGGGGAAGUACCCCAUUGUGAUAGCAAGGCCAUCUAUUGUGACUGCUGCCCACAAGGAGCCUUUACCGGGAUGGGUUGAUAACCUCAAUGGACCCACAGGUCUUUUGGUGGGCGCUGGAAAAGGCGUUAUUCGUACAAUGCACUGCCAUCCAUCGUACCAAGCCGACGUUGUACCUGUGGAUUACGCUGUCAAUGCUUGCAUUCUGUUGGCAUAUUUAACAGCAAUUGAAAAGCCAAAAGAAGUUAGGAUCUGCAAUGUGACUCAAUCCGGCCACAAUCCCAUUACGUGGGGAGAAGCUUUAGAUAUGGGUCGCGUCCACGUGCAGGAGUUUCCUUUCUCCGUCUGUCUGUGGUACCCCGGCGGAUCAGCGAAGAGUUCCAAAGUCCAGCAUUUAUUAGCAUUAUUUUUCACCCAUCUCUUGCCAGCGUAUUUCGUCGAUCUACUCAUGUUUCUGAUGGGAAAGAAGACAUUUAUGGUGAAAAUACAGAAACGAGUCAGCUAUGGAUUGAACGUUCUUCAAUAUUACACCACGAAGGAAUGGUUUUUUGACAACGAUUACUACAGAUCGCUGUCCAAACGAAUAUCAAAGGAUGAUAAUGAUGUCUUCUAUACUAAUUUGAAGACGAUAAACUGGAGCGCCUAUAUUCGGAACUACAUAAAAGGAGCGAGGGAAUUCUGUUGUAAAGAAGAUCCCAGCACAUUACCACAGGCGAGGAAGCUGCAGAGACAAUUGUUCUGGUUGGAUAAGGCUGUACAAGUCGUUAUAUACUUCCUCAUCGCGUACUUUAUAUAUUAUUACAUCAUUCGUUUCUUUGUUAUGUAGUUGUUAUUUACUUUACAUAUAGUUUUAAAUCUCCUUGUUUUUCACUUGUUAUGUGACGUUUAAUGUCAAUAAUGUCAUGGUUGUGAUGUUCUUGUCAUCUUUUUUCAAUAUUUUUGACUUUAUUACAGCGGUUUAGUUAAUUGAUAUGUAUUUAAUAUAUUGAAGUCAUUGUCUGUGAAAGGUUAUUAAGAUAUAUUACAGAGGUUUGUGUGGUUUAAGGUUCCAUGUUGGACAUUCUACUGUUUCCGGGUGAAAAUUCGCUUAAAAAUAUAUAUUGCUAUACCAUAUUAAGUUGAUAUUACAAUGAAGAAGAGGGUUUUGUAAAUGAUAAUAUUAUUUAAUAUCUGUACUAUAAAUGUCAUUUAAGACAGUUUUGAUAUUCUAUGUAAAUUAAUAAAUAAGACUCAGUUUAAUUUUAAUGUCCUACUCAUAUUUUUGCGGGUCUCCAAAAAUACCUACAAUAUUAAGUCAUAAUUCAGAAUUAUUGUAAAUAAUUUUAUCAUAUUAGGACAUUUUAGUAACAUGCAAUGUUAUUGAAAAAUGUUUGCAAGGAAUAUUAAUAUUUUUAUUAUUUUUUUUUUUUUUAUAAUUUUAUUAGAUAGAUGAUAAAAAUUAAUAAAAAUUGUAUGCGUUUC